GUAAAUAAGUGAAUCGUCUCAUUAGUUGGUUUCUCCGCAUUUUAAAACCAAUAGCAAUUGAAUUAUAUUCGUUGUACCUUGUAUUUAAUUCCCUUCUUUUUUCUCUCUUAUCAAUAUCGCAUGGUUGUGGAGUGAAUGGUUUUUUUCGAACUUGUCACAUAGCGAAACAUCGGGCGGCCGUGUUGUAAACAAUAAAAAAACUAGACUUUUGUUUACAAAAAACAAUUACAGGUAUAAACAAUUUGUGUAUAAUGAAAAUAUAAUACAAUAAUAUCGAGUAACGUGUUCAAGUGAUGUAGACAAUGUGCAAGUGUUGUGUUUGUGUUUUCUAAAAGUGUGAGCGUGAAUUGUAGUGUUUGAAUAAUUAUGGAACGGAACAAAAUAGUUGUUUCCACUCGUUUUUCUUCAAGGUUCUCACAUAGGACCUGAAUAUGGUAGCGAAGGAUUCGUGCAACAGGUCAACCAAGAUUUGCAACGAUCAGCCUGUCGGAGGAGAACAAAACUGUUUACUGUAUAAUAAAAUGUCCGUAAAUGAAGUUCGAAAUAACGAGAAUCAACUUAAUUCUAAUCUUUCAAAUAAAAAUAGAAAAGAAGAUAAUCCCGAGGCUUUAAUUCGAUACAUUUUGAAUGAUAUAUGUGAUAAUGCUAUCGACAUCGUUGAUCCUAUAACAAUAAUGAAACGAGGUUCCAAUUUAAGUUUGGAAGAGAAACAACAAAGAACUCACAACAGACGAGUUUCUAUAGUAGACGAUGAUCUCAGUGGAGAUUUUGUUGAAUGUCGUAAUAAUUUAGUAAAUCUACAUAGAAGAGCUGUAAGUGAAAGCGUCAUCGAUAGAAGAUACGUCGUAGAUGAAAACGAUAACAAAAUGGAACUUAAAAAACUUCCAGAAAAAGAGAAGAAGAAAAAGAAAAUAUCCUUCAAUUCGUUGUUUGGUAAAAAAGAUAAAAAAUUCAGAGAAAACAAAGAAGAAGAAGAGAAACGCGACAACUUACCUCAAUUACCGGUAUUUAAAUCCAACACUUUGGGAAAAACUAAAAAAUACGCCUCUGCCUUAGAACUGAAUCAACACAAUCAACAAAAAUCUGUGAUGCAUCGGACUCCUUCGUUUAUUAGAAAAUUAGUAAAUAUCACCGAGGAUCCUACGGGUUAUUUCAAACGAUCGCUCAGUUUUCGGGAUGUGAGUAAAAAAUUGGUGAAAGUUCCGUCACGGGAAAAACUGACAGACAAAAAGAAUCAAGAAUGGAGACAAUCACUCCAAUCGUUAGUCGAAACAGAUAUCAGUGUUAGUUAUAACGACUUAAGUUUCAUUAACUACGAUGCUCUUAACGAUAUUCGAUAUGAGCCUGUUAACCUGCAGGCCGGGAGAAAUGACAGUAAAGGAUAUAUAGCAAGGACGCAAAGUAUGAUAGAAAAGACAUCGCCCAAUCUUCGAAGACCGGCGUACUUUAGAUUGUCUUCAGCGUAUGAAAACAAUAGACUAAGUGCGACAAGUUUCUCUUCACCUUCUCCUGCCGUUUCUCUUCCGUCAUUACACCACUGGAACAACGAUGCCGAUAGUAUAUCAGGAAGUAAUUCAUCCGUUCAUAGAUAUCGACGUCGUCCUCAGAGCAUCAACUCGGACGAGGGCAGCAUCAUCGGUGGUAGUAGCAGUCGUCCAUCGUCUUACACUACCGGAAGCUUUAGAUCGGCGGGAAGUGGUUGCGCUAAACUGAAGAGGCACAACGCUUGUAGACAAAAGGUCCGUGAUCCACAGUUACUUGUCGAAAACAGAAUUUCAGGGAGCGAAAACGAGAGAACGAGUCGAUCCCGAAGUCUCAAUCAUCUCGACAACUUAGAAAUGAGGCAAGGAAUAGUUUCAUCGGCAGACGUAGCUCUCAAAGAUUCCAGAUCCGAACCAGACUGCACUAAACCAUUAUUAGCACCAUCAGUAGUUCAUGAACCUUCUACACCUACAACUACUACACCUCCCACUAGAAAACACAUGCUUAGCAGAUCUCAGAAAUCCAGUAGCGAAUGUUUCAGCGUUAACUUCGAAGUAGGAGAUGAAAGUACAUGGGAAAAUGAAUUGUUUUUUCCGGCACAACGAGGAAUUUCUCUGUUCGACUCUCUGGUGAAACUUUGCGAGCUUCGUAACAUCGAUUUAUCAGCUUGCGAUGCUCGUUUACAAGAUAAAGAAAACAAUUGUGAGAAUUUCAUAUUGUUUUCUCAAGAUACUGCCGGCCUUGUUGGAAGACACGUUAGAAUCACAGCAAAAGAUACAAGCAAUAAAAAAUUAUCCGGGUCUAUACACAGCAAUCAUUCAAAAAAGCAAUCAGGGGGUAAUCGUUCUCGUACGACAAGUUUUUUCAAUUCGAGUACCGAAGAUGCUACCGUUGCAAGUUCAACGCUCUCGCUUCACGAUGGCGACCAAAGUAGAAGACAAAUAAAACAACGACUGACGGCAUUUUUUGGAAACGUCAAAGACACGAAAUAUGAAGCGCUGAUUGAUCAACUAGAUAAAUAUUCCAAACAAGGAAUUCCUCACGUACUGAAGUAUCCUCAGGGACAAUGCGAAUCUGUAGAUGCUCUUUACAAACUUGAAGAUGACUGGCGAGAAAUCAUAGAAUACAACGAUCUCAACGAAAAGCUUCAACAACAACAAACCGCCUUGUGGGAGCUGAUUAAAACAGAAGUUGCCUACAUAAAAACUUUAAAAGUAGUUACAGAUCUCUUUCUAGCUUGUUUAAAAGAUCUUCAAUCGAAAAAUCUGUUAAAGGAAAUCGACACCGACAAACUCUUCUCGAACAUCACCGAAAUACUGGACGCCAACGUGGUUUUUUGGCGUAACACUUUAUUUCCUUUAGUUCGAGACAUGCGGAAAUACAAAAGACCCUCUUGCAUAGAAAAUAUGCUGGAGGGUUUUCAUAGUAUACAAGAUAUUUUUCAACCGUAUUACAAAUAUUGUGCCGAACAAUCCCGAUGUCAACAUUAUUGCAGGGAAAAUCUUGACAGCGAAGUGUUUACUGCCUACUUAACUUGGUGUGAGAGCCAGAAGGAAUGCAAUAGAUUGAGACUUAUGGAUAUACUAGUACAACCGAUGCAACGAUUGACAAAGUAUGGCCUUUUAUUAAAAGCGAUUCUAAAGAAUACCGAUGAAGAUGUGGAGAGAGAAAAUUUACAAACAAUGAUUAAAAUGGUGGAUGAUUUUGUGAACAACGUCAAUUUGAGUCUGAAGCAUCGACAAGACAAGGAAAGAUUGAAAGGUAUCAUAGCAAGAAUCGAAAGUUACGAUAUAGUGGAAUCUAAAGACGACGACAUCGACAAACUCCUUAAGAAAGAGAAAUCAUUGACGCAACUCGAUUUAACAAAACCGAUGUUAAAUUGUCCAGUUGAAAGAAAACGUCAUCUAUUGUUAGAAGGGGAUCUUAAAUUGAAAGACAGUGGAACUUCCAAGAUGGAAGUCCAUUGUUUCCUUCUGACUGACAUGUUACUGGUGUGUAAACCGUCGACGAGAAAAGGUGGCGCCACCAUGCGAGUAAUUCGCCAACCGUAUUUAGUGGAUAGGCUGGUAGUUUCGGAAUUACACAGAGAGACACCCAGUUUGGCAGUCAUUUACAAAAACGAAUUCGAUAUGGCCGUUGCAGCGUUCAUUCUACAGAAUAAUGAUGCCAAAAAAAUCAAGGGUUGGAAGGAAGGUAUUUCGAAAGCGCAAACUUUAUACGCCCAAGCAAGACAGAUGACCUACACAGCUGAUGAUAGCAUAGAUCCAGAAUAUAGUUUAGAUUAUAAUUUGGAGAGUGAUUACAGCAAUAUACAAUUAAUUCCUAGAUCGCCAUUAGCAACAUCCUCUAGAGCUAGUAGAGUAUCUAGUUUAGUACAUAGCCAUAGUGGAUCGGUUGAAAUGAAUGACCAGUCAUCCGUGGGAUCGAUUAACAACCAGUCUCGAGCCGUAUCCGUCGAAAAUGAAAACAGAACCGGCUCUUUAUCUAGCGACGAAGGAGUCCAAUCAUUACCACCUGAUAAAAGUCCAGUCUCCCAAAAAAAUUCUUUUAAAAACAGACUUUUCCAUAAAACCCCGAAUACUCUCUCCGUUCAACCCUAUGGUAGCUUGGGUCAGAGUCUGCCUAAUUUAACAUUGGGUUCACCUAACGUGGGUAGUAUGAAUUUGAACUUGAAUCAAAACACGCUCUCAGUACCCAGCGGGAAAAAUGGGAGUCAGUUGUUGAGUCCUACUCAUCGAGGUAUAUCCUAUCCUCCUCCGUCUCCAACUAGAGGGAAUCUUCGGAGAAGUUUAGCGAUUUCCCAGAGUAAAAAUCCGCCACUGGUAAAGGCGAGGCAAGUUUGUUCUACAUCGAGUGUUAGCGGUCAACAAUUCGACUUUGACGUUCCAGUGAUAGCGGGUGUCUCCCAACAAGAAGAAAAUUGUGAAGCUUUUAGUAGAGGACAACAUCGUCAAGCGAUGAAAAGAAGCUAUAGAUAUCAUACUGCUGGAAUUGUGGAUGACAUAAAGAAAAAUGAUAAUCGGGACGCCAGUAUACACAAGCGACUAUCCUGGAAUUGUACAAGUCAAGAACAGAGACCACCCAACGAGGACCAGACCUAGCAUACAAUAAUAAAUCCUGUUGUGUCUUGUAUAGUGAUCUUCUAUCUUAUAGUUUGUAUAUUAGUUGAACUACGGAAUAUUAUAGACAGAAUAUUAUAGAAAAAUAUUUUCAAAAUGACAGCUUGGGUUUAUAUACGGAUUGUAUAGUAAAUUUGUGGUAAUUGAAAGUUUUAAAAAUUUUCCAGAAAAACUAGGAUUUAUUGUUAAUUACGUUGAAAAAUCUAUUCGGUAUUUUUUUAUUCGUCAUCCUACCUCUACACAUCUACACCACCAACAAACAAACGAGUUAACUUGAGAUUAAAAAAAUAAUUUGUUGGACUUUUUUUAUAGACAUCCAAUAUUUUGGUUUUUCGGUAGGUAUCUAGUGACAAAUAAAAAUCAUUUCUCGUAAUUUACGAAAAAGCUUGUUACUGGGGAUUUGGUUGAAGAAAAACACUUGGAGUAAAAGAAGUUAGUUUGAUAUAUCCAUAAAAAAUUAUUUAGGAUGAUAUAAAAAAGUCACACUGUAUAAACUAGUGUUUAUUUAUUGUGUAAUACUCAGUCAGAUUUCUGGUUAUCUACAACCUCACAUUUUGUCAAAAUAUAAUAUUCUGAUCUUUAUUCUUAGGCAAAUAUGGUGUUUGAAGUCAGUUUCAGAUUGGCACACCUCUAAGUAUUAGCAGUUUUGAUAUGAUUGCUGCUCUUCGUUACAUACCUUAUAUACCAAUUAAGUUCGAUUUGUUAAUGUUGUUUAUUUUAUCUAGUUUUUGUUAAUUUUUUAAGAACCCAAAUAUUGGUUAUAUGAUUUUUUUUGUUUUCUCUAGGGGGAAAAUCCCCUCAACAGCCAAGCCUUCAUCCACCAAUUGGUCUAUUCCCGGGAGACUUAAUUCACAUACCAAAGGAUGUUGAUGUAACAUCGCAACCAUUGAAAACAAGGAACACCAGUAUGAACUUACUUAUAGAUCGAAGGUCUUAGAAGAUCCAGUUUGUAAUAAAAUGAGACGUCUGGCCGCUAUCACAAAAAUCUCGCCACGCCAUUUUAUCGUUUGUCGCUUCUUUCCAUGUGAUAUGUCUGCCAGGCAUUCGCUCCGUAGGUUUUCGCUAACUUGAUCCGCCCAUUUUUUCGUAGGAUUUCUUGGGGGCGCUAAUCUAUCACCGGAUAUUUUGUAAACGCGCCCCUCAACUGCAAGUAUUUAACUCUCAGCUCGGUCAGCUUAUCUGGGGCAUCGUUUAGUGAGUCAGUCAGUCAACUGGAAUUGAAUUGAAUACAAAACUACUGUAUUUUGUGAUACAAUCAACUUGAUACUCAGCAAUUACCCCACAAUAUUUAUUUAUUAUUUAUCUUUGUAACUUAUCUUCACUUAGUAACCUUACUUUGACUGUUGUUUCUUUUAAAUUACAACAGACAUUAUACUAGUUGCUUUUGAUUUACAUUCAAAUGAACUGAGACACUCAGUUAUGUGAGUAUCUUGUACUCAGAUAAUGACGUCACUGCUCAGUGAAUAAAAGGAACACGUAAUGUGAGUUAAUAUUCUCAAUAACCACGUGAAAUUUACCGUUAUCAUUGGUGAUCCAAUCGUCUGUUACUCGCAACGUAAUGACUGUUUGCAAUCAUUUAGUAUUGUGUGUACUCAAUCGCUUAUAUUGAUGACAAGAUCUGACAACGUGAUGUCCUAAACCUCACUUUCAAACUGAGUUCACAAAACUCACUAAAGCACACGGACUUAAGCUUUCGCAGAUUGCGCUGCUAAAAACUCAGUUAGGUCUCACUUGUGAGACUGAAAAGGAACGUGCAUUGAACUGAGUUAUCACAAGUGAGAGUAAUGAUUUGAUGUAAAUGGAAAGCAGCGACUAUGUAUAUGUCAAAAAUUGAAAAUAAUCCCCAAAAAUCUGAGCUUUGGGUAUUUGUUUGCUCUUUUACGUAAUAAAAUUGAGUUUUUUUAAAGUUAAUCGUAUAUAAAUUUCAGCAAUAAAUACUGAAUCGUAAUAUUCGUAAAUAUGUUACCAUGAAUUUACUUCAUACCUCCAACGGUGGACCAAACCACAAUAUCAAAAAAUCGUUUAAUAUUAAAAUGUUUAUGAUCUAAAAUAUAAAAUCUUUGGAAGGAAUGAACAAAAAUGUUCCAUAUUUUGGAACAUGCAGACAUGAUCUUAUACAAUAUUCCCAAUUAACAAUUUCUCAAUUUUUUUGAAUUAUUUUCUGUUAUACCACCCUUCAUAUUCGCACUACUCGUUGUCCUAAGUGAGCCAUAACGCGGCGCUACGCAAAAAUCUAACAAUCAACGUAAUAUUUUUGACAGUGUUGUCUAGGGACAACAGGGUCCACUUGAUCAGUAUCAUUUCGAUACCCAUAUUAACGUCUCCAAAAAAAAGGUAGUUCCACAUAUGAAUGAAAGUGAAAGCAAUACUUCAUUUGUGAGUAGACUUAUAUUUCAGAUGUUCGUGGAAAAUGAUGACGCAUUUUUCCGCGUUUUUCCCUCGUAGCAAUGCUGGAACUAAAAUAGUCCUCAAAUGUUCAGUAAAAAACAUUUGAACGGUUUCUAAUGUCUCGAAACGAUGUUCUUUCCAAUGAGUUCUCAAUUUAGAGAAAAGGAAUUCUUCAGGUGAAUAAAAAGGUUGAUAAGCUAUAUAAAAGGAAUCUUGAUUGAUAUUGAGAUGUUUCUCAUCCCAAAUUCAUUGGUUGAAAUCUGAUAAGAGUUUCUGUUGCAAUAUAUCCAAGUUUAAAGCUGAUAGCAUGUCAUUUCGCAAAAUUUAUGUCACUUUGAAACACAGUUACAUUAAAAUAAUGAAUACGUAAAAGCUACGGACUAGAUCAAGGUCAAACUCGUACUUAAUAACAAUCGCAUUUCCACCUGGCGCCCCAUCAAGUCGUCUGCUUCCAGUAUUACCGUAUAGAACGUCAAAGAGAGAGUGAGAAGCUGGCUCAGUUAUUCUAUUAGCGGAAAUAGGGAAUUUUUUAGUAGAAUAUGGUUUAUUUUAGAAAUGGCAACGAUUUAAGAAAAAUUUUCCUCUGCAGGGCUAUAUCGAACGCUGAAAAGGGAGUCGCUUACUUAAUCUACACUCCUCGUAUCUUGCCACCUUUAUAUUUCUUGAGGAACUUUCAUCUUAACUCUUUAUGUAUUUAUUUUUUUUUAUUAUCAACGUUUAUUUCCAUUUUUCCUCUACAACAACAGUAACAAAUAGUAACGCUUGUUAAAAUACCAGAUUCGACAGACCAUGCUGAUAAUCCCAUACGAGUGUUUUUCUACAAAUCAUACGAGUGCUUCUUGAGUAAAGUUCGUUAAAAAAAAUAACAACAAUUGUUUUUUUAGAAAGAUCUUUGGAUACUUUUGUUUAUUUUCCAUAUAAAAGAACUACAUUUUGGAAACCCUCCUGCUCGAACAGCCAAAAGUUGACACUCACUUUCAUUUUAACGUUUAACACUAAAGCGAUUUCCUUCAAGGUAGUAUUUGAAAUUCCAUUGAAAAAGCCACUGACUACAUAUUUCAAAACAUCAGUGAUUACAAACAGUCGAAUUGAAAGUUCUUCAUCAUAGAUGUUCAUACAAACGAAUCCAUUUUCGGACUUUAUUACCAGUUUACGUGUCACAUAUUUUUGUUAUCCAGCGAUGAAUAUCUUCAAGACAAAAUAAAGUACAGGCAAAUUGGGCGAUUUUGAACUAAAGCCUUAAAUAAAAUUCAGCGGUUUUGAUUUUCUAGAUUCUGGGAGGUUUUCGGUACUUUUCGGAAUUCUAUACAAAGAAGUAUCCCUGGUAUUUGUUCCUAACCACCUAAAAUUUUCACCUUAAAAUGGGUUUAUACACUCAAAAAUAUUAUAAAUUACGGAUAACUCGAAAACAUUGAGGAUUUCAACACAAACUGCCGGAACAAAAACAAUUGUGUACCAAAAAGGUUUAAAUUUUUUCCUAACCUCAAAAUUUCAAUUAUAAAAUAGGUAUGAACGAUCAAAAAUAGUCAAAAAUCUUGCUUAUUUAUGUAAAAAACACUGUUCAGACACUACAGUAAUGCAGUACAGACUCGGCAUCUGUUUAGUUCUAAACACGUCGUCUGAGAACGCGCGUGGUUGUCGGUGAUCAUCUCUGCAGGUGGCAAGAUUACUCAUGGGAAAGAGACGAGAAGAAAGCUUACGUUCUCUUAAACCAAAUACCUGAAUGCAAUGUCACGACUCGUAAUCGUGUAACGUGUUUUCACAAACACAACUUAACAUUUUCGAAUGAACUUACCCUUGGAUAUUUAAGGAUAUAUUUUCGGGAAAACGGGACAUUUUGAAGUUUCUAUGCAUUUCAAAAUUGUAAGGAUAAGGAUACAUCAUCUUGAUAACGUUUUUGUAUAAACUUUAAGCUGAGAUUUCAAGCUUCAGAAUGAGUAUCCACAUUUUUGUGAAAGAGAAACUAUUUGGAAGUCUGUGAUUAUUGAAAUAAUAAUCAACCGAGAUCGAAAAUAGUUUUCAGGAUCGCGAUUUUUAAAAGUUAGUUCACACCAACGACAAAUCUUUCGUUGGAUUUGCAUGUUUAUAUAGCGAGUGAUUAAACAUAUCCAUUGAAGCUUCUAGUACUUAUGUGGCCAAUAUACCUCUUCAUCUCGCAGGAAUUUCGAAAAUUUCCCAAGUCGAAAAUUAUGCUAACUUACGCGAGUAGAAAAUAAAAAUCUGUACCAUCAUGAUGCAUUUUGAUUUUUUGAAAACGAAGUAGUUUUCCAAGAUUUAGAGCAGUUUUCAUGGGCGUCUGGAACGUAAAUUGGCUCUUAGUUUUAGAGUUAUUUGCGUUUUAAAAUUUUUUUGAAUAACAAGUUCUAAAAUGUCGAAAACCCGUGCCCGGAAUUUUAUUAAGAGUUUCUAGGGUUAUUCAGUGCUCGAAAACCUCUGAGAAUCUAGAAAAUCAGAAGCGCCCAAUUCAAUUUCGAAUCAAUCAACUUAUAAAUUUUAAACUCUGACAGCGAAACUUAUACAACUGCUACAGACCUGAAAUUGGCGAGAGUCUAUUCGUAAAAGGGGAUGGUCAGUAAUGUAGCGUCUCGUUGCAGCAUAACCACGAACUAAGGAAUUAUAGUCACCUACAGACUUUAGUUAAAAAAAAACAGCUCUGGUACAAAUGAUUAUUCAAAAAUUAUAUCGAAUCAUUGUGCAUCAAUUUUAUCUAUAUUCUUCAAAAUUGCGUGAUUAAAAUGGGAUAUUCAGUAUAAUACACAAUUCUAAUUAUUGUUCAUUCCUCCAAAAUGGUCGUAGUUUUAAGAAUAUUUUUGCCAAUUAGAAAAUUGGCAGCUGGACAUUCCAAAUACAUUCCAAAAUAAACCUAAGCAAUAUUGUACCUAAUCAAAACUCUAUCAGGCCUAAUAUUUCAAUUUUUAUAAAAUAUUCGAGUCGUAUAGCGACUCUAGUUUGCUUUUUUCUUACUUAGAAACGAUUUGGGUGAGUCUGGGAAAGAAAAUUUGUGUUAUAUUUUGUGAUCUUCCCCAGGAUCACACAAAUUUUUGUUAAUUCUUAUGUGUAUAUGUGUGUGUGUGGAUGAAAUAAAUGGUAGUAGGGUAUGAAAAGUUUACCGUCAGUUCGUAAUAAUUGGUAUUAAUUUUCAGUAUUUGCAGACAUUUUAUCAAAGUUAUUGACUACUCGGCUUUUAUUACCAAAA